AUGGGUCUGCAGGUGUUGGGCAUCUCCUUGUCCAUGCUGGGUGUGGCGGGCACCAUCCUCAUCUGUGCCCUCCCCAUGUGGCGCGUGACGGCCUUUAUCGGCACCAACAUCGUGGUGGCGCAGGUCUUCUGGGAGGGCCUGUGGCUGAACUGCGUGUACGAGCGCACGGGCCAGAUGCAGUGCAAGCUGUAUGACGCGCUGUUGGACCUAGACCCCCACCUGCAGGCGGCGCGCGGGCUGGUGGUAGUCGCCAUGGCGUUGGGCUGCCUGGCGUUCCUCAUCUUCCUGGUAGGGGCGGAUUGUACUAACUGCCUGAGCGAGGAGGAGCAGCCGCGCGCCAAGCGACGCAUCGUGGUGGCGUCCGGCAUCACCUUCGUGCUGGCGGGGCUGGUCACCGUGGCGCCCGUCUCCUGGACGGCGCAUUACAUUAUCCGCGACUUCCACAACCCGGUGGUGCACGAGGCGCUCAAGAGGGAGAUGGGGGCAGCCAUCUACCUAGGCUGGGUGACGGCAGGCCUGCUGGUGGUGGGGGGAGGGGUGCUGUGUAGCAGCUGCCCACCGCCCCGGGAGAGACAUCAUCACUACUACGCUGGCCGAUACACACACGCACACACACAGUCACACACGCACACGCCUGCUACACACUGCAGCUACGCCAUCAAGAACUAUGUAUAA